AUGACCGCAGUUGAUCUAGAAAGAAACGAUUCAGAUAAAAACAGUAGAGGAAACGACUCUGGAAUAGAGGAAAAAGAUUCAUUCCGAAGUGAGAGAGAAGUGACAACAGACUAUAAGGCGCGAAACAUGGAUGACGAAGUGUUUGAUAGUGAUGGAUCGGAGAUUCCAGUUCCGGCCAAAGUACAGGAAGUAGAAGUUCAGAUAGAAGAAAUCUCGAGACAGAAGCAAUUGCCAUCAGUGACGUCAUAUCCGAGAAGUUCUUAUGACGAAGAUGAUGAUACAGUUCUUCUAAGACGGAAAUCUAGUUCUACAGUGGCAGCGGCAGCGUUUAUUAACCCAACUUAUGAUGGUGACGAGCCGGAUGUUUCAGGUGGAACAUACAGAAGCGCUGAUGGCAUUCCAAUGACGGAACUGUGAGUUUUACUGGAAGCUGCAUCAACAAAGUGUUAAUAAUUACCAAAAAAUAUGUACAAAUAGUUAACAGUUUUAUAUCAUUUAAGUAAAUAUGUUGCUAAUUUGACUAAUAUGAUGACAUUUUCUGCUUUUGGUCAUGAUAACGUUUAGAACUUCAAAUCAUGAUAAAAUAUUGAGAAAAUAUUGAGAUAAUAAUGAGAUAAUAAUGAGAUAAUGUCAAUAUAUAGUAAACUACCAGACUUUGAAUAUGGUAUUGUGUACUGGUGGGAAGUCUAGUCAGCUGUAUGGUAUGAUAAAGUAAUAAGUAGGCACUAUCUGUGUCUCUAUAUAGUUAUAAUAAAUAUAUGACAAUAUAUACGUGAUAUUGCACGUGUUAAUGGAUGUUUUUAUCGGUCUCUUUAAAGAUAAAAACUAUUCGUUAAAUAGCACGAGGGGUUUAUAUUCAGUAUGAAAAAAUGGCACAAGCAAGUCUUCUGGGGGUUUGUUCUUCUUUCAAAAUGUGCUAGAAGUGUUAAUCAUUAUGUUUCUAGUUAUAUACGAAUUAGGACAAGAAAGGAAGCAAAUCUGUUUACUAAACAACAAGUGCUAUGAGCCGCGUAAUGACAAAACCAAUAUAAUGCGUUUGCGACCAGCAUGGAUCCAGACCAGCCUGCGCAUCCGCGCAUCCUGAUCAGGAUCCAUGCUGUUCGCUUACAAACCCUAUUACAAGUAGAGAAACUGAAAGCGAACAGCAUGGAUCCUGAUCAGACUGCGCGGAUGCGCAGGCUGGUCUGGAUCCAUGCUGGUCGCAAACCCACUAUGUUGGUUUUGUCGUGACGCGGCUCAUAUUAUACAGUAUGAAAUGUUUUCGUUUUGACAUUCUUUUAUAACAUAAAACUGUUUCAUGUUUAUAUGUUAGAUAACUUGUGUCAUUAUUGUAUUUAGCUUAAGAUAGUGCAAUAAAACACUUGAUUUAUUAUAAUUCCUAAUUUCCCUGCAUUAUUUAUUUUUGCUUCCUGAUAUUGUUUUAAAAUUGUAUUAUAAUUUAUGUUUAUUAGAAAACUUAUGCUUAUAUUUUUAAUUUUUUUAAACAUUUUAAUCAUAUAACAUUUACACAUAUUUUUUUCUUAUAGGAAAACAAAACAAAACAAACAAUUAUACCAAAGGAAAUCACAUUUUUUAAUCAAGAACUUUACAAAUUAUUUUGAUUAUCUAAAUAAGAACAGACUAUGUACGUCUAACAUAUACUAUUUCAUCCAAAAUAAUGACCACAAUUAGCUAAUGGUUUCUUUUAACAUCACAAAGUUUCUGCUGGUCAGAAAAUUUCAAUUUUGAAUGUGACAUGCGCUAUUUCAAUAAUUCAGUUAUUUAUUUUAUUAGUGAUACUGACAUAUCACAUUGUAUUCAUCCUAUAUAUAGGCAUAGUAGUUACGUUUACACUUUAUUCACAUGUAGUUCCCGUGGGUUCCGACAAUGAUCGUAUAAUGUUCUUUAUAAUGAUAACUAAAAUUUCCAACUUUUAUUUGAUUUAGAACUAGUUUCUUGUCAUUCAAUGUACAUUAUGAAUAAGUCUUACAAAUUGUUGUAUGUUAAUCGGGACAGAAAUGUUAAUUUUGAAUAUUUAUGUUUCUUUGGGGUAAGAAUGUCGGAUUGGAUUGAGAUGGGUACCCAAAUGAUCACUACACAUAUACCAAGGAGGGCAUUAUUAAACUUGUCAGUCAAAUUGAAAAAGAAAAUCACCAGUCAUUUAGGUUCAGGAAAAUAUUUGAUAAUUGUAUCCAAUAAUUUCAUACAAAUAUAUUUUUACUUUUAAAUUGAUUUAACAAGAUAUUUUUAAAUUUCCGUAUUAUCAAAGACAAUAUCAAUAUGUCAUUUGAAUGAGUGAUCUAAAUUGUAAUGUGCGCGUUAUGUAGCAUAAUUGAGUUACCCCCAGCCUUUAUUGUCCUUUAUGUAAAUAAAUCUGUUGAUUUAUUGUGUGUGUUUUUUUCUGCCCAUUUAUGUAUUAUAGAGGUGAAAUGCAUUCCAUACAAUACAUAUCUUUUCAAAGAGUGCUGAUAUAUAUAUGAUUCAUAAAUGCAUUAAAGUAUGGUGUUGUUUGAAACAUAUUAUUUAUGAAAUGUUAUAAAUUAUUAUGUUUGUUGUUUGUGAAUACGGAAAUAAAGUCUAACCAUUUUU